AUCGCAUAUGUCAUUAUGAGUGCGAUGUUUUUUAUUGCAUAAAAAGCCUGUCUUACGCCAUUCACGAGUAGUAGUUAUUCUAUGAACAUAACGAACACACACAAGCAACUAAAUGGUGCAGCAUCAAAGCUCUUGGGAGUUUGAUUCUCGAUAUCUUGGAAUGUUGAAACCAAUACCGGCCUCGUAUAGCCAUAGGGUGGAAGAUCUGCUCUCGUCAUCUAAAAUUCGUUGCCGUUGCAUGUAUUGUACUCCACCGAUAUGUUAUCGUAGCUGCAAAUGCGCAUUAUGUCUUCCGUAUGAUACGAUUUCUAGAAGACGCGAUAGCAUUGAGAGUGUCAGCAAUGCCACCAGAAAGGGAUUUGUCCUUGCACAGAAAGAAUUGUUCUAUCGUACAUCUGAACAGUAUUAUGAAAAAUGUCGCGAAUGUGAGAAAGAAAAGGAGGAGAAGAGAAGAUUCCACAGAACAUUAAAGCCCUACGCUAGACCAACAGAAGAUAUUUUUUACAGCUUUAUAAGGAGAAAGUCGUAUAGAAGGUAUAUCCCUGAGAAAUCAAUACCAUUCUUGCCAACAACCUUCUCCCAUGACAACAGCAAACAAAAACACAGCAAACGCUUUCAGUGCUUAUACUGUGACAAAAGUUUCGGAAAAUCCUCCCACUUGCGUGACCAUCACAGAACACAUAGUGGAGAAAGACCUUUCACGUGCAGCUAUUGUGGUAAAGCUUUCUCCCAAUUUUCAAACUUGAGAACACAUCUGAGAAUUCACACUGGUGAGAAGCCAUUCACGUGUAAGAUUUGCGAUAAAUCAUUUACGCAAAGGGUAACAUUAAAAAGUCACUUGAGAACACAUUCUACGACAAAGCAGCGUCCAUCAAACGAACCUAAUUGUUAAAGUUUUUGUUCGAAAACGGCAAUAUGAUUAUAAUGUAAUUUAGUUACAACAUUUUUAAAGUUUCCUUCGUACGAUUUGUUGCAAAAGAGGAAAAGAAGUAUUUUUAUUGGUGAACA